AUGGCGUCCCAAUUCCAGGAGCCCAGACAUACCAUUCAACAGCAAGACCACAUCAUGCAGCUCUCAACACUCGCACUUCUCUUCGCCACUGUCGGUUUCGCCACAGCAGCGCCUGCGCCGCGCGACUACUGCCCCCGCAGCCAAGACGUGAAGACCGGCGCAUACAUCGACACUGGCUGUGGCACAACCCUGCACCCACAUGGCAAGUGGGACCUGUGCGUCCGCACCAAAUGGGAUAUUGCCGCCGGCAACGAUUUCUUCCUUGGUGAAUGCGUUGCGGGAUACUCGGGAGGGAGUGGCGGACGCUACCGCUUGAACAGGGGUCGUACGCAGAUCCAAUCGAAAGAGAGCAGCUCGGACGCGUUCUGCAUCACGGCGCCAAUCAGCGAGAGCGACGGAGACUGGGCCAAGGUUCAUUCGUGCCGUGGUCUCCCCAGCCAAACGUGGAUCGUAACCGACAACAUGUCCAUCAACCUUGCCGACACCAACAAGUGUCUUGAAGUUUCACACUUCCCCGGUGCCCGGCUUCGUGUGGCCGAGUGUAACGGGUCAGACGACCAGAUUUUCGACAUCCUGGGUGGCGAGGGUGUCCCUGCUUUCACCCCGUCGGGGUAG